AUGGGAGCCAACCCGCCCGGGCUGCCGUGGGUCGCGGGCGUAGAAGGCGCCGGCGUCGUGCGGGAGGUCGGUCCUGGCGUUAGCAACGUGGCCGUAGGGGAUACCGUCGCCUAUUGCAGCCACCCCGGUUCCUACUCGGAGCAGGCGCUGGUUCCGGCCUGGCGCCUGAUCAAGAUGCCCGACGGCCUGUCCGCCCGCGACGGGGCGGCUGCCAUGCUCCAGGGGAUGACCGCGCACUACCUUUGCUACGACACCUACCGCGUCCAGGCCGGAGACCGGGUGCUCGUCCAUUCCGGGGCUGGCGGGGUCGGUCUGCUGCUCAUCCAGAUGUGCAAGGCUCUCGGCGCCUAUGUGUACUCCACCGUCUCCACUGAGGCCAAGGCUGAGCUAGCCCGGGGAGCCGGCGCGGACCAAGUAAUCCUUUAUACAGAGAAGGAUUUUGCCGCGGAAAUCGCCGACGCCACCAACGGCGCGGGGCUGCAGGUGGUGUACGACGCGGUGGGCAAGGACACCUUCGACCGCAGCAUCGCCAGUCUCGCUCCUCGUGGGUACAUGGUACUUUACGGACAGGCCAGCGGCCCAGUGGAGUCCAUGGAUCCCCGCGUCCUGGGGAACGGCUCCAAGUUCCUGACCCGUCCCGGACUGGGGGACUACACCGCCAACCGCGAGGAGUUGGAGAAGCGCGCCGGUGCCAUCCUCGGGUGGGUCAAGUCGGGUGAACUCAACCUGCGCGUGGAGCACCUGUUCCCGCUGUCCGAAGCCCCCGAGGCCCACCGCCAGUUGGCCGGUCGCGCCACCACCGGAAAGAUUAUUCUGACGCCAUAA